UUGCUGCAGUUCUCCACUCGAUCCCUAGGUGGCGAUAGCGAGCUCAUUUUCACUCUGACACUCCAGGAAAGAACCAGGAAAGAAGCAACUGCCCUGUGCAGUUUUACAGGUAUUUGUUCUGAGAAAAGGGCAGUGAUGGACCCUGAGGUGUCUUUGCUGCUGCAUUGUGCACACUGGAGAGGGUUGCUGAAGUCUCAAGUACAGGUGGAGCUUUCUGAAAGCUACAACAGGCGGACAGAUCCGGCUCUGGAGCGUCAAAUCGAUGAGGUUUGGACCGAGCGGCUUUCCAAGGAGCCCUGGCUUUUCAAUGGGGCCAAAUUCAGACUGCAUUCCUUCUGCUUAGCCUCUCCAAAACCUUCACAUCGCUCCUGUCCCUCCUGUGUUCCCUCUCUGGAGAGCGCAGAGGACCAGGAUGAGCAAAAACUGGAGGAUUGCACAGCUCAGAAAGGUUCCUACAUCAGCAAUGGCUGCGUAGUUUGUACGGGAAACGCGGAGUGUGUCACAGACCAUGAAGCCAGUGUGUUGUUGCAUGCUUCGUCCGCCUGUGACUGCAGAGACUUUAAGAGCCCUGCUGCUGAACGCCUCUCACACCCCGGGAGGCUUCUCACCCUGAGACUGGGCCUCACUUGCUACAAGGACUACCUCGGAACCAACUGGUCGCGUGGGGUGGCAGAGCUCCGUCAGCGCGGGGAGGCGGAGUUCGGCGACGGCCUGGCGCUCCUCGCUCAGCCUCUGGGGGUGGGCGCCGUGCUGUGCACGCAAGACGCUCAGGUGGUCUUCAUCAGGAGGAGCCAGAAGGUGGCCGAGGCUGGGGGGCUCCUGGACAUUCCCGGCGGCCACCCGGAGCCCAAGGUGGUGUGUGAGAGUCUGGGUCAGUCGGUGAAGGAGGAUCAGAUCUCUGUGGUCAUGAUGCAUCAGAGGCCGGACGCCGUGGUGUCGGAGCUGUUCUGCUCCGUGUGCGCUGAGAUCAGGGACGAGGUGAAUGUGCCCAUGAGCGCCCUUGGAGAACCGGUCCUGAUGGGCGUCGCCCUGAACCACACGAGUGCAGGGAGACCAAGUGCCGAGUUCUUUGUCAGUUGCUCCCUGACCUCCGAUGACGUUAGAAAGCUUUACUGGAAAGGAGGAGCAGAAGCCAACGAGUCCACGGACGUGGUGUUCCUCAGCAGAACGGAGGCCCUGCUGCUGAACAGAAGCAGCCCUCUGUGGUCGGAGCUGUGUCCUUCAGCCAAAGGAGCCGUGCUGCUUUAUCAGAUGGUGAAGCCGGACGCAGCGCCGGCAGCCAACUGA